AUCUGGAACGUUCAGCAUGUACCGCACGAUCAAGGUGUUCAGCUUCCUCGCGAACCCCGGGAAGAAAUGUCAGCCCAAGUUAUCACGGGGAAAGUAUGAGGACUCGGUUCUACAGGAAUCGCACCGUAGGGGCGUGGUGGAAGACCGAUGCGAUCCGGGCCUCUACCAUCAAGGCCUCUUCGCCGGGUCGCCCUGAACCGCUGUAUAAAACGCCCCUCUCAUUGGCUCCUGGAGCACUGCUGCGCUUCCCGCUGCCUAACGAUCCGUUACUCCUCGUUCAUCAUGCGCGCUGCAUUCAUCAUUCUGCUAGGUGCGAUCGCUGGCGUGUCCUGUCAAGGGGCUCACUAUCAGUCGCCGCAUCAAGCGGCGAUUUUGAGCGACACGCGAUAUCUCGCGGGUGACGGCACGUUCGGCGCAUCGUACUCCCAAGAAGACGGAGUGGUGUUCAAGGAGGAGAGCGACGUGAACGGCGACCGGCGUGGGUCGUACUCGUACGUCGACCCGACCGGACAGAGGCGCACCGUGACCUACACGGCAGGAAAGAACGGAUUCCAGCCGACUGGGGACCACAUUCCCAGCGCACCCCCGCAGGUACCACCCCAACCGGAGUACGUGCCGCUGCAGCGGUACAAUCCGCCGGAUCAUCAACCCCCGAGCUACGCGCCAACCCCUCAACAAUACUCGCAACGCUAUCAGCCGGAUUACGAACCGCAGCAGCCUGUCGUUUACCAGCCUCAAUUGCAGCAUCAGUACCGGCCUCAGCCGCAGCCACAACCACAGCUACAGCCGCAGUCGCAGCCUCGCUACCAUCAUCCCCCAGAAUUGCAAUCUAUACCUUCGUACGCGACUGCAAAUGCGCAUCAUCAGCCCCAAGUUCGACCGGCGCCGCAGUACAAUGCGUUAACGACACCGGCAUCCCGCAGGUUUUACCCACCGGGCAAGCUCGACUUCAAUCGGACUCCCGACGGUUUCUCCUACUCAUUCAGCAAAAACUAAGCGACACGUAAGUGAACGUAAACUGCGAGCAACACAACGACGCCUCUGUAACGGGACCAAUGAAACUCUCGGUCGAACGAAAUACGUAGUUUCGAGAACAGUUGAGUGCAAAUUAAUUCGGUGCUUCAGUUAUCAAAAAUCCAGAUAUUUUCCCAGUAGAAAAGGUACCAUUUUAAUUAUCGAAAUGAUCUCCAUUACCAUCGAUGACUUUAGACCGCUUAUCGGACAGCUAUCGAAUUCCGUCGCGAUAGAAACAGAUGAAGAUCUGAAGAGACAAAGGACAGUAAAUUAAUAUUGCUGCAGUAUAACACUCUUCUCAGCUUAUAUUAAAAAUAUUAAAAAUAGCGUCUUUUGUCCCUUUUAUCGCGUGAGGUCGAGCGUUCUUCUUUGAAAUUUUCUCGAAAACUCUGUUAGCAUUUUUUACAAAUUGUAUGAUUCAUUGCGUCCCCGUCAAGAGUUAAACAAAUUGUUCUUGCGACUUCAGGAUCAUUUUUUUGCAGUUGACAUACAAAAGGAAUGUACUGCCGAAUAUGCGCCCUACUGAUAACAAUACUGUUCAUUUCUGAUUCAUUUUCUGAAGUUACGUCGAUCAUUCUGCGAUGUUGCGCGGUGUUUUUAAACAUAGACGGGAGCUCUUUAAAACUACAAUUUGGCGGAAAAAUAUUUAGAUUUAGAAUGCAUAUUACGGGAAUGAGAAAAACUAAAGGCACCGAAUUAAUUUGCACAAUUAAUAAAUAAUCCGAAUGCACGCUGAUCGAAUCAGGAGAAAUUCAGAAACUCGUCAUACGAAUAUAAUAAGAGAGAUACGUAUCUUGCGUGCGAGAUAUAUUCAUUUCAAAGUAGUGUUCGUGGUUACUUCUUAAGUGAAGCUUCCGAUCAAUUAUGAAUUUAACAUGUGCUCGAUCGGAUGUAGGAUAUUAUCCUCAUCUUUGUAUAAUAUACUAUAUUAUCAGUUACCACACACACACACACACACACACACGCACCACAGAAAGCUUUUAAAAUUUUCUGAGAUACAUAUUCUUUAGCUGCAAUAAUAGAGUAAGUUUCGGAUGACGUAUCUAUUUUUCGGCCUCAUACGAAAGAUGAAAUGCCGAAGCUGCUUAGAAUCGAGUGACUUUCAUCUCGCUGGUUCGUGCAACGCCCAAGUAUCUCGCAUAGCAAUUUCCUUCGCUAAUGCGAGCACAAUCACGUGCCCCAUGGGCGGCGUCGACUCACUUUCAUCCGGUAACCUUUGCGUUCUCCAUGGUGUUGCAAUUGAGAAUCCCACGAUACCGGACGGGAUGCGGGAUACGCCCGAUAUAUUUGUACAAGAAGUGCAACACCGGAGAUUAGAGGAGUAUGUUUAUUUUCCCCCAUACACACACACACAUACACACACUGAUGUAACUCUCAGUCGUUACACUAAACCGGUUUUAUUUAUUUAACGCGGACACUACGGCGGUAUCAAUUAGACUUCAACGACGAAUUAUGAGCUUAUUGAAUAUUGAUGUAAUUUAAUAUGCUUGAAAAAGGUAUAUUGUUACAACAAGAACUAUAAAACUUAGUUACUCAUAUUUUAAUAAAAAUAACUACUAAUGUAUAAAACAAAUAAAAAUCGAUUCGCUAUAUAUCUGCCAUUUGAAAAAGCACUUGUAUAAAGUCAGAUAUAUAAUCUCAUCGUAACAGUCGCUAACAGAUUUUGUUGUAUUAUUUAAGCAUAUCACUUUUUUUACAUACAUGUCGAAAUAAAUGUGGAAGUUGACGUGACGCAUUCCGAGACACAACUGUCCUUCUCUGUAAGACAUUUUUUCAUUCCUUACUUCAUGAAAGCCGGCAAUUAUCAGCAGUAACGGAAGAAAAGGGAGACAAAGAAGCGAUUAUCUCAUUAUCCGGACUCGCGACAAUGAUAAUGCGAGCAUUAUACGUCAUCGUGCGCGAGGAGGUACGGGUCGGCAAGGGCGAGGAAAUAAAAAUGCAGCAAAAAAUUUACGACCGCUUUUGCCGCAUGCUGCUGACACAUCGUUCAUUAACAUUCAUCAGGCGUUUACAGUAUAUUUAAUUUUUUGUGGCUUGAGUCAUCGUCGACGUUUCUGUCGGAAAGCUGAUCCAUACAAAUUCAGUUACUUCGCGACGAUAUCGCGCAAUUUUGCUUAUUUUUAACGCUAAAACUACCGAGGCGGUCACAAAAUGACCGAUUUGUAACCUUUUCUUCUUAUAAAAGUUACUCCAACUUCUCAUGGUACAUCCUCCCUGAGAUUAACCGUAAUUUUUGUCGCAAUGUGUAAACGAAUAAAUAUUUUUCCCUUUGCAUCGCGUAUCUUUUUUAGAAAUUUCAUUUAAACCGCUCCGAUAGGAAGGUACACGUUAAUCGUCGGUAGUUUUAAUGGCCUAUCUAUAUUAUUUAUACUCUUACAUAUUGAGUAUUUGUAUAGUGAGUAUUGUAUAGUUGAGUAUUUGUAUAGUAUUAAUGUGCACAAAAUUAGUUUAUUGCCUCAAUUAGAGAACAACGCGACGACAACGUCGACUGGAUGUAGGAUCGUGAAAAAUUAAGGCAGUUGAUCCAUAAAAAUAGUGUUAGAAGCUCAACAAAACUGUGCUAAAUGUUUAUAAUUUACACAGGGUUGGUUAAUAACUACUUAGACAGUAUAAUAUUCAAAAUCGAGACAUAAGGCGUCUUGGCCUUUGUCUACAAUUUUAUUUUAAGAGGGCUUUUAAAUACGCAAAAGGAUCGAAGCGAUAAAUCACUUGUCGUAAAUUUCUUGGCAAAUAUGUUGAAAAAGAUUGUUUAUUAGGAAAUAUGCAGUAGUGAAGAGUUUUCUUUUUGGUUUUACCACGAUUUUGCAAUCGAUAUAUAUAUAUAUAUGCAUGUAUGUAUGUAUGUAUAUGUAUAUACAACUUUUCAUAAUUAACUUUUAACAUUAAUAAGUUAAUUUAAUAUCAAUUUAAAUUUUAACUAGUUCUGGUUUAGAUAAUUUUAAACUAAAUUAAUCUUACAGUCCAAUAUUUCUACAAGUCUUUUUUAUCGUUUUCUUAUAUUUCAUUCAAAUCAUAAGAAUAGUUUGAUUGUUAGAAGUAAACACGUAACAUCGAAAAUUAUUUUCGUAUCUGUGAUACAUAUAAAUAGUACCAACUUUGACUUCAAUUACCUCAGUUUCGUUAAGGUCAAACUUUUCCAAUUUCACAUAUGAUAAAUCAUGUUUCGACUAAUAUGCUGUUAAAAUUUGAAAGAUUAAGAUUUCUAAGAAAAUUAAUUUACAGACCAACUACUUUCAGUACACGUUCUCACAUUGCAACGUAGUAAUCAAAUCAAAUGGACAAACAAUCAAGUUUGUUUUGUAAAUUGUGACGUGAGUUAUGCAACGUAUAAAAGAAUGUUCCAGGCAUCGCGUACAUUGUUACGAUUACUAGAGCUCUUUUUUUUAUUCAAAAGGAUAAAUCAAAACUCGAAAUUUACAAAAGAGGUAAACAGUGUAUACAAUUCUGUUGGCAAACAGAAAACGCACGAUGAUAUUCUGGACGUCAUGUGUUUAUAUAUUCAAUUAAAAAUGUUAUUUUAUUAUCACAUGUCCUAUCGAUACAUGUAAUUUUAUACUUUGUUCAUAUCGUCGUUAGUUAAACGCAAUAAACGGCAAAGAAAUAUCUUUAACGCAACGUUCAUUCUUAACGCAAAGAUGAGGUUAAUUAACGGCGGGUAAGUG